AUGACGGAGGUGCGACAGUGGCAUCACGUCCCAUCUAAACAGAACCAUGUGGAUCUCAUAUCAAGAGGUGCUGAUCCGGUCAAACUUCAACUGUGUGAACUGUGGUGGAGUGAUCCCCUAUUUCUUCUUCAACCUGUGAUGACUAAGUGCCAAGAUGAUAUCCCUGAGGAGUCCGAAGAACUGUAUCUUCGCGAAUUAAAACCACCAGCAGUAAGUGAAAUAUGUGCACUUAUUAACACUUAUGAGCCAUUAGAUGUCAUCAAUAAUUGGUCAUCUUACAACAAAUUGCUAAGAGUAGUGGCUUGGUGCAAGAGAUUCUUGCAUAACACCAGGCAUCCAUUGCAUGCUACACGCGGAACGUUGACAACCAGUGAACUUUCUAGUGCGUUAUUGUGUAUUGUGAAAAACGUUCAAAUGACUUCAUUUGUGACAGAAAUCCAGUGCUUAGAAAAGGGUUCUCCUAUUCCUUAUAUAAGUAAACUAUUGAAUUUGUGUCCCUUUUUAGAUCAUGAAGGAGUACUCAGAGUGGGUGGCAGACUGAAAAACAGUGCUGAAACAACCCUAUCACUUACAAGGAGUAAAUUUUGGAUUGUUUCUGCAAGAAAUUUAAUUAGAAAAAUUAUAUUUAAUUGUAUGAUUUGUAAAAAGGUAAAUUCUAGGUCUGUGCAGCAACAGAUGGCUGACUUACCAGCUGCGAGAGUGACCAUAUCAAGAGUUUUUGCGAAAACAGGACUCGAUUUCUGUAGUCCAUUUCUGGCCUUGCACUUUGAAAUUGUUAAUGGUUUAACAAGUGCAGCAUUUAUAGCAGCACUUAAACGCUUUAUUGCCAGGCGAGGUAAACCCUCAGAUAUUUUUAGUGAUAAUGGCAGAAAUUUUGUGGGUGUUCAUAGAGAAUUAAGAGCGAUUUUAAAAUCAUUAUUUAGGGAUAAAAGUGAGGAAGAAAUCGAAGGUUAUUUGGCUAAUGAAGGCAUAAAUUGGCCUUUUAAUCCUUCCUCUACUCCUCACUUUGGAGGUUUAUGGGAAGCUAGUGUGAAAUCCCUUAAAUAUCACUUAAAACGUGUGGUGGGAAAAACAAUUCUAACUUAUGAAGAAUUUUUUACUCUGAUUGUUCAAAUUGAAUCUGUACUUAAUUCUCGCCCUCUGUGUCCCAUAUCAAAUGAUCCAAAUGAUGUAGAGGCAUUGACACCUGCUCACUUUCUUAUUGGUUCAUCUUUAAUUGCAUUACCUAAAUGGUAUAAAGGAAAAGUAGAAAUGAAGCAAGGAGAUUUAGUUUUAGUAAAAGAUUCGGAUAAUUACUCUCCUUUAAAGUGGCAUUUAGCACGAAUUAUUAAAACCCAUCCAGGUCAAGAUAAUAUUAUUCGAGUUGUGACACUUAAAGAUAAAAAUGGAAUCUAUAAAAGGCCAAUGACAAAAAUUGUACCUUUUCCUUUUGUUAAUGAAAAAGUUUCAGUUACUUAA